UGUUUCCUUUUCAAACUUAAGUUACUCAAUGCGUGCCCCUGGUACCGAUCGCAGGGUGAAUCAUGCCUGGGAGCCGGCUCACCCGCAGUUCUGCCUUCUCGUUACACGGAAACUUCACCGUGGAUUGCCCAAACGGCUCCUGGCUCAUCUGGGAUGCUUUCCACGAGUGUGCUGAAGAUAGCAGGGAUCUAGCCAGCGUUGCCCUGGGUUUGAUCUCCAUCAUUUUCUUCAUGAUCUCUUCUUUACCCCAAUAUUACAGCUCCUAUAAGACCGGAAAUAUGGACCAAGCUUUGUCGCUGUGGUUCCUGUUGGGUUGGCUGGGGGGCGACUCCUGCAAUCUGAUUGGUGCCUUCCUGUCUGACCAGCUUCCAAUCCAGACGUACACCGCAAUGUACUAUGUCCUGGCAGACCUGGUGAUGAUUGGCAUGUUCACGUAUUACAAGAUGAAGCACCGACACAGACAUUAUGAAGGUCUGAUCAAUAUCGCUGUGACGUUCACUAUUCUGGGAUCCAUCUCCUUGAUUCCUGGCGGCAAAGUGGACUCUGUGUGGCUGGACAGCCCCAAGGUGCUCAGGCGAUCUCUCCUGGCCGUGGCUUCUCCCUCUGCCAACAAGAUUGACACCAAAAACAUUUGUGGGUUGGCGAUCGGCUCGAUUUCCGCGGUUCUGUACCUGUCAUCCAGGAUUCCUCAGAUCCUCACAAACUUUAAGCGGAAGUCGACAGAAGGCAUCUCGUGUUUCCUCUUCGUCUGCGUCAUCCUGGGCAACGCCACGUACGGAGUGAGCGUUCUGCUGAUGAACCCGGACAGGGGCCAAGGCGAGGGCAGCUACAUCCUGAACCACCUGCCCUGGCUACUCGGCAGCCUCGGCACCAUGUCACUGGAUCUGGUCAUAAUCACUCAGUUUUUACAGUAUCGGCCGAAGAGCUCCGAGGAACGAGAGACACUGAUUGAUUCGGGGGGAAUGUGAGAAGCUCCCGCGCUGAGGUGUGGAGGGGCCCAGCUGUGCAGAGUCAGGAAUUAGAAGACGGUCCU